UACCUCAAGUAGUUGAACAACUUAAAUAGAGGGGUCUUAAGUGGGCUAAGUUCGGUUUUUAUCAUACGGGUCGGACGAAUGCUUCGAAUGACUUUGAAAUUUAUUGAUAUUGGGGCAAAUCUAACGGAUCCCAUGUUUCAGGGCUGCUACGGUGGCUCCCAAAAGCAUGUGGCCGACUUGGACAUUGUUUUGAAACGUGCGUGGCAGCAGGGUCUGCAAAAGAUCAUCAUUACUGCCGGCUGCCUGAAAGAUGUGGACGAGGCUCUGGAACUGACCGCAAAAGAUGAGCGCCUCUACACCACAGUUGGUACGCAUCCGACGCGCUGUGAUGAAUUCCUGCCGGACCCGGAGGGCUACUACGACCAGCUCCGCUCAAAGAUUGAGUCAAAUCCGAGUAAGGUGCUUGCCAUUGGGGAAUGCGGCCUGGACUACGAUCGCCUGAAAUUCUGUGGCCAGGAGACGCAGCGGUUGUACUUUGAGAAACAGCUGAGCUUGGCGGCCGAGUUCAGGCUGCCGCUCUUCCUGCACAUGCGAAAUGCUCACUCGGACUUCAUGGCAAUCUUGGGACGGAAUCGAGACAAACUCAAGGAGUGUGGAGGCGGAGUCGUUCAUAGCUUUACAGGCACUCUGGAGGAGGCACAAAGCAUUCUGGCAUUCGGUGGCCUCUACAUUGGGGUCAAUGGCUGCUCCCUGAAGACUGAGGAAAACGCCGAAGUGGUUCGGCAGCUGCCAAAUGAUCGCAUAAUGCUGGAAACAGACUGUCCCUGGUGUGGAAUACGGUCAUCGCAUGCGGGCCAUAAGCACGUGAGCACAAAGUUUCCCACCGUCAAGAAGAAGGAGAAAUGGACAGCCGAAUCUCUGAUAGACGGACGCUGUGAGCCCUGCCAGAUCAGCCAAGUUCUCGAGGCCAUUGCGGGCAUUAAGCAGGAGCCCAAGGAGAAGCUGGCCGAGAUCUACUAUCAAAACACUUUGGAUGUGUUCUUCAGCAGAACAGGGAAAACCAGAACCGAAUAAAACCAAUUGCCGUUACAUUCAAUGCGUUUACAUAUAUUUUAUUAUUGUUUGUCAUGUCUAGAUGCAAAUGAAUUGAAAAAUACGCUUUACAACUUGGAUUUGGGUUUUACUCUUAAUGCUUUUGUUAAUUUUCAGUUGAUACAGGGAAAACACGUUACUUGUAAGAUUCACAUUUAGAAUUGUAAAUAAUUGUUGCUCAUUGCUAUGUUAAUUAACUGUGGUGAUUAUGCAUUUAUAUGUGGUGUAUAUGUAUAUGUAUGUAGAAUCGAUCGCCAAAAAAUAUAUAUGCACGUACUCGUA